GCCCCCUCCCCCCGAGGGCGCAGGCGCAGAGGGGAAAGGGGAAAGAUGACUAGGGCAAUCUCCAGGCCGCGGCCCGUGCGCGGCGUCACCUCCUAAGCUCCGCCUCCUUACGGCGCCUUCUAAAUGCGUGCUUCCGCCUUCUUCGUUCUCUUCUGCUUCUGUCCGCCAUCGCGUGCGUGUGCUUGCCUCCGAGCCUAGCCAUGUCUUCUCACAAGACUUUCAGAAUCAAGCGAUUCCUGGCCAAGAAGCAAAAGCAGAAUCGUCCCAUUCCUCAAUGGAUUCGGAUGAAGACUGGUAAUAAAAUCAGGUACAACUCCAAGAGGAGACACUGGAGGAGGACCAAGCUGGGACUGUAAAGAAUUGAACAUGAAAUGCAGCAUAUUUCUCUACCAAGAGUCAAAAAAUGAUACAUUCUUUAUCAUGGUCGAGAUUACCAUAUCAAGCUUAAAUACGAUUGGCUGGACAGUUGAAUGUGCUUAAUCAGGAAUCUUGUUCUGUGAUCACACUGAGUCAACAAUAAAUGUUUUGAAACCUUUUGAA